AUGCUUCUGAACCCGUUCCGACCAUGCGAGGGCUCGCCAACCUUCCAAGAGGAAUAUCGGGGCAGCUACGUACCAAAGGUUAUCAAAACAGGAUAUGGCCUCCGGGUUGCGGCGCCGGAUACUCCAUACGUGGCAGCGGCCGGCCGAAACAAGUUAUACUUUAUCGACACCCGGUUCGAUACUGAGACUGCAAAGCACGUGAAGGAACAAAUCGAGAAGGCAACUGUGCCGAACCCGGAGGAGUACGUCGCUAUAGACGAGAUUUCGGCUACUGCGGAAUUGAAAAACUCUGUGACCGGCGAAACGACAUUCGUGUUUGACCCCCCCUAUGCUAGGGUGCUAUUUGCAAAGGGAAUGAAUAGGCAUAACCCGGAGCUCAAACUGCCUGAGCAUGAGCCCGCCGGCGAUUGGUUGGUGACCUACGACCUAGGCAAUAUACUUGCGAAGCGGCCACCACUAUAG